GUGGAGGCGCGUCGUCCAUAUUUAUAUUCAGUCAAUAUUUCAACUCAUGAAAUCUUUAUUUUUAAAUAAAAUUGAUGUGAGUGUAAAUAUUAACACCAACAUUGAUAUGUUUCAUUAAAGUACACUCAUAUAAUUCAAGUUACAGCUCAAAAAACACGUUUUAUUGAGCAGUACCUCCGUAAUUUCGACCGUUAUUUUUUCCUGACGUCACCUUUGAAUCGCUGCGCGCUCCCGAGCCGUUGCCAGGGAAGCGCGCGCCGCGCUGCUGUGGACUGACGGGGAGACUGAUGAGAGCAGAGCAGCAGAGAGCUCCGGGAGGAGAGCGGAGCGGGACCGGAGAAGGAUGCAGAAAACUGAACUUUAACCGGGUAAUUUUUGUGUUUUUUUUGUCUGAGCUUCACCCCCAGGAUGUGAAGUUUAAACGGGGCUUUUUAGUCCGGAGCGUCGGCGGGAUUUGACGCACCGUGGACGGGAUAACCGGAUAGUCCUCCUGUUACAUCCCCGUAAUACUUCAACUGGGAGCUUUAGUGCGUCUGUUCUGUAGUGAAACCACAUAGUGACAUAAUACAUCUUUAGUUAUUACAUCUAUUUUAUCUCCUGUCAUACUCUUGUAGUUUAAAAUCACACCAGGAGCUUGUUUAAACGGUUUUUCCAGGCGUUAUUCGGCUAACGGUAACGGGAUAUUUGACAUUUAACGCGAUCUUAAAGCUGUUUGUCAUGUCUCUGAUCCCUGCCAGCUCUACUGCUUUCUAUCGGACAGCUACUGCUUUCUAUUGGACGCUUUCUACUGGAUUCUACUGGUCUUUUUGGGGCAUUUUUUAUAUUUAAAGUUAAGUGUGUUAAUGGAUUUCCUCCUGCUUCACUGUGAGUAAACUGGUCCCAACAUGUAUGCUGGACGGAAAAGAAGAAAACCGGCUCAAAAGGGCGUUCCUCUCACAUCCAGAGUCAAACCGACCCCGGCUGAAGGCGCCAAGUCCAACCCGUCCAAACGCCACCGCGACCGUCUCAACUCGGAGCUGGAUCGGCUCGCCAGCCUGCUGCCCUUCCCCGAAGACGUCAUCUCCAGCCUGGACAAACUGUCCAUCCUGAGGCUCAGCGUCAGCUACCUCCGCACCAAGAGCUUCUUCUCAGUGGCUUUGAAAAACCAGCUGUCCAACGGCGUGACCAAGACUAGCGAUCACCAUGACGACGGCAAGACGUCAGGAUCGGCGGAGAGCCGCGUAUCCGAGGGGGAACUGCUGCUGCAGGCUCUGAACGGCUUCGUCCUGGUGGUGACAGCCGAGGGAAUCAUCUUCUUCUGCUCUCGUACCAUCCAGGAUUACCUGGGCUUCCAUCAGACUGACGUGAUGCACCAGAGUGUGUUCGAGCUGAUCCACACUGAAGACCAGCAGGAGUUCAGGAGGAACCUGCACUGGGCCCUCAACCCCCCCGCCAGCCUCGGAGCCCCAGCGGACCCCACCGCAGACGGCGAGUCUGUGUCGACCUCUUCCUGCCUGGUGAGCUACAACCCCGACCAGCUUCCUCCUGAGAACUCGUCCUUCCUGGAGCGAGGCUUCAUCUGCCGCUUCCGCUGUUUGUUGGACAACUCCUCCGGCUUCUUGACGUUGAACAUCCAGGGUCGGCUGAAGUUCCUCCACGGUCAGAGCCGCCAGCAGCAGCAGUGUGACGGCGAGCAGCGUAGUACCCCUCCUCAGCUCGCCCUGUUCGCCAUCGCAACGCCGCUCCAGCCUCCGGCCAUCCUGGAGAUCAGGACGAGGAACAUGAUCUUCAGGACCAAACACAAGCUUGACUUCACUCCGAUGUCCUGCGACGCAAAGGGGAAGAUCGUGCUGGGAUACACCGAGGCGGAGCUGAGAGUCCGAGGUUCUGGAUACCAGUUCAUCCACGCCGCCGACAUGCUGUACUGCGCUGAAAACCACGUCCGAAUGAUAAAGACGGGCGAGAGCGGCCUCACCGUCUUCAGGCUGCUCACCAAGGACAACCGGUGGAAAUGGGUCCAAGCCAACGCCCGGCUCGUCUACAAGAACGGCAAACCGGACUACAUCAUCGCCACACAGAGGCCGCUGGUGGACGAGGAAGGAGGGGAACACCUGAGGAAGAGAUCUAUGCACCUUCCCUUUACCUUCACCACUGGAGAGGCGCUUCUCUACCAGACAGGUUAUCCUCUUCAUGGCUUCCCUGAUUCCUUCCAGGGGAAAGCCAAAGGCAGCAAAUCCAAGAAGGGCAAACUAGACAAGAGCUCCUCUGAUGACCUGGAUCCAAAGUCCCUGCUGGGAGCGCUGAUGAGCCAAGAUGAGUCGGUGUACGUCUGCCAGCCGGACACGGAGCCUAAGAUGUCCUACCACAGCAGCCUUUUCAGUGAGCAGCAAGGUGAGAGCGGUGGUUUCGGUGGCUUGUUAAGUGGCGACAGCUGGCAUAUCAUAUCUAACGGGGAGACGGGGAGAUGCAACAGCAAAACGUCCAGCUAUGAUCCGCUGUUGGCCACCUUGGACUCUCUGUCGUUGGAUGGAGACGAGACGUGCUCUAACAGCGAGCUCUUCAGCGCCCUGGAGAACCUGGGUCUGAACGCUGAAGAUCUGGAGCUUUUGCUGCUGGACGAGAGGAUGAUCCAGGUGGAGCUUGACAGCAACCACAUCCCAACGCUUAGCGACCUUCUCACCAACAACGAAAUCCUCUCCUACAUCCACGACUCACUGGAAGGUGGGACCAAGGGAGAGGAGCAAGGGGACACAAAUGGGUUCGGACCUUCGACCCAUGCGCCAAACCCAGUCUCAGCCCAAAGUGCCAGCCAGCAGUCCCAGGCGUGCCCGACGCCUGCCGUCCCCGCAGCUCCUCCCAGCAGCAGGCAGCCCAUCGUGCAGCUGUCGCAACAGAUGCAGCAACACAUCAGCGCAGGUGAGCGGGUGAAAGCUCAACCGUCUGUCUCCCAGCCUGGAACUGUGGACACCAACAUCCUGUCUGGGUUUCCUAACGGUCACUGGGUGGUCACCACGGAGAACAUCCGUCACCCCAACAACCACACCCAUCACCACCCACAGACUGUAGCCAAGGCAUCUCAGGUGAACGGGGAACAUAAACACCUGAACUCACUUCUGGAGUCGAGUCAGCAGUGGCAGCUCCAGCAGCAGCAUCAGCAGCAUCAGCUCCAGUCCCGUCAGCAGGUAAGCAGCCAGACCGCUUUGUUGCCGAGUUUCCAGAACCAGACAAACGGAGCCUACAUCCCAAACGGAAACGCCGCCUUUCCACAAAACAUGGAGGUCAGCCACGCAAAUUACAAUAUCUCCAACACGCCACAUGCAGGUGGCUCCGCACUAAACGGUGUGACCAUCCCGGACGUUUGUCACUACCAGAGUUUGGUGGCCACCACCCGGCCCUACCAGCUGCAGGGUCACCAGAAACACCAGCAGCAGCAGAUGUUGCAGCAGCAGACUCAGGUCGCACCGUCUUGUUUGCCCCAGUGUCCCACCCAGAGCUCUACACUGGACCUGGAGCAGUUACUGGCUCUGUCCCAGCCGCAGCACAGCCUGCCGUCAUUAGAGGCCUACAGCAUGUUCAACACCGCCACACAGGAUACGGCUCACAGCAAGUUGGAGAACGGCUGCCUCCUCAGUGCCACCAACGCCGCGUACAUCAGGACUUGUCUAAUGUCCAACGGAGACGGAGUGGCGACGGGCGACAUCCCUGUCUCGUGCUCCGACGGACUCCCCGCCCUUCAGGACCCCCAGAAAUCUGGAUUUUUCCUCUGAGGGGACGAUGGCAGAGUAUCAGAGGAAGCUAGAAAAGAAGAGAAGGUACAGAAGGAGCAAAGAAAGAGGAAAAAGUAAAUGUUCUCUACCAGAUAUGACCCAUUAUAAUUUCAUGAAAUUAUUAGGAAGAAAGAAAGGAAACAGAUUUUAAACCAGAAAGACUUUAUAUCAGGUUUUCCUUCAUAGCAUUUGUUUUGAUGUCCCUUAGAGACGUCUCACUCAUGCUACUCCGAGAACCUGAGUUAUAAACCUACAGAAAGGUACGAUAAGGAAAGAGAAAGUUUUUAUCUGUCACACUGCGUGUUGUAAUAUUACUAGUCGUGCGCUCACUAAAAGUUUUGUUUUCAUAUUUGUGUCCUUUACCGUCAGUCAAACGUUUCCAGUUAGACUGACUUACUGGAACAUGUUCAUGUACCAAAACGCAUCACCCUCUGAUCUGUAAAUACACUGUGAAAGUACCGAAGAGGAGAGAAGAAGAAGACACUGUGACACUCAAACAGAAAGAACGGUUACUAUCACAAGUGGUAACACUUCAUCUGGAUGUUGAUACUCAAACAGAAAGUUGAUCACUACAAAAUGUUAAACUUAAAACCAACUCAGAGAUCAAUCUUAGCUCAGAUAAUCAAUUUUUACUCAUUAUAUCACCUUCCUGUAAAAGGUUUUAGUGCCAUUAAUGAGUUUCAGUGCUGGACUAUUCCACUUUCAUAAUGAAUCUUACUGGUGUUCAGUUUUUUAAUGUUAUUAUUUACACCCAUACAUCACAUUAAUACCAUUUCCUAAAGCAUACUGUAAGUUUUAGGGUUCUUGUCCUACUUUGCCGCCAGCUGUUGGUUUAAGUUCAUAUCAGUCUGAUAUGAAAUUCAGAGACUUAAUCCAUCAAAGUAAACUAUUAGUUUAAUUUUUUUGUCAGAUUUUAGCAAUAUAGCUGUAAACAUACCAUUCCCGAAAUGCCUCCUUGAUGAUGAUGAUGAUGAUGAUUUCUUGGAGUUGGCCUCCAACAUACCAAUAGUGAGAAUUUUCAUACGUCUCAUAGUCUCAAAUGUCGCAUUUCCAUUAAUUGAGCUUUUAUUGCUCAUUUCAUUCAAACACUAGUGAACUUAAACCAAUAGCUGCCUGAAAAAUGUGUAGUUUUCUAAAUGCAAAGUGGUCCGCAGUUAUAUGAGAGAAGUGAUUUGCAGUUAAUGGGCCGAAACGUGCAAAAACAGCAGUGGAGCUUUUAGAUGUCUCUACAAUCUACAGUAGUUUAAAUGAGAAUAUUUGUGGAAAUAACACUAAUAACAACAACUUUAUACCAAGAUAAAAGUUACAGGAGUUGAAGAACAAGCUGCUUUCACUGGUGUACUAAUCGCUCAGAAGAGGGAACAUUUGUUAGAAGACAUUUAUACAAACAGCUGUGAGAUUUGGACUAAACACACCAACAGAUUAUUUAAAUGUUCGUUCGUCAUGUGUCACUUUAGAUGUAGUUGACCUUUAGGGUUAGUCGAUGUCGUUUGUCUUGGUACUUUACAUGUCAACAAAACAGCAUUUCAUUCUUAUUGUUGAUGUUGUUUAGAUGAGAUUUAAACUGAGAUUUCUAAAUGGGAUAAAAUGAAGGAUAAAAUCGGAGAGGAAGAGUAGUUGAAAGAUUUUGAUUGAUUCGUCGCUGCCACAGAAAAACCACGUUGCUUUCCUGUGGCCGGUGGCCUCCCGACAUUUAUCAUAAUGCUGCAUUUUAGCCUAUUUGAGGUUUACAACAAUGUUGUGCACUUACAUGUAUAUUACAGGCAUAAUCAGAGCAGAUCUGAUAUGUCAAUCAGUGGCACUGAAAUCAAACAUUAAAAAGCAUUUUUAGUCUCCUGACUGGAGACAUUGUGAAAAUCUCCCGUUAAUGCCUUGUCUCAGCUGGCUCGGCCGGCCCGACUCCCACUGACUUUAUCCUGCAGUCGUGUCAUGUAGGAAACACUGAGUGCACUUACAUGCACACAGUAAUCCAUUAAGGACCAAUUGUAAAUAAUAGAUGACAACUGAAGGCGGAAGAGGAAGUGCAUGUAAGUACUUCUCAAGUUUUGUGUUCCUGUAGGAUUUCAAGUGGUGCAAACACAGACCCAAGUUUUGUGUUUGAUUUGCUAUAAAAACCCACGACGUGCAUGUGUGAAAACCAAACUGUCAGAAAAGGAAAAAAAAUCUAAAGCAACGUGAACAUGUGAACACUUCAGAACUGUUGCUAAAUGUUAGGUUUUUUAAAGUACUGACGGGUUCGUUCCUUUGAUCAACAGUAUUAGACGACUCAAAUCAAACUAAUCUGAGCUAACGGAUAGCAGCUGUCCUCGUCGUCCAAACAAAUAGGAGUCUCGCUUUAAAGCGUCGGCUUCUUUUUUGUCUUAACUUCAAGGGAGAAAUGCUCUGAAAGGAGACAUUUAAACUUUUAUUAAAGCCGCUAUACAGUACUGUAAAUAAGGUUUGAAAACGUCCUACUUUGGUCGUAGUAUCGAUAAAGACACUGUGACAGACAACACACUCCUGAGACUUAAACACAGCCGACCUGCAGACAGUUUGGUGUCUUUGUUGCUUUUGUUUGAAUGUUACACAGUCAAACAAACUACUCAUCAGAUGCUUAAUCUUAUCUUGUGAAAGCUCAGAAAUAGCAAAACCUGGUUUUCACUCUAUGAAUACUCAUGCUGCGUUCAUGUCAUGUCAGAUUAACUGUAAAUAAGAGCUGCAGUUUCUUGCUGGAAGUUAUUAUUACGGGGAAAUAGAGAUGUUUGGAGUCUUUUUUAAAGGUAGCAAACAGUAAAGAGGAAGUUUUACAGGGUCAUACAGGUCAAAACAUAGCAGAGAAUAACAUCUUUUCAUAUAUAAACCUACAGUAUAUAACACCACCAUCUGCCCAAAAAUAGAGCUUCAAAUUCACAACAUGUUUUUAAUGCAUCACAGAAAAUCCAGCUGUUAAUCGCCAACGUCCGAAUUGGCAGCGCGAGAUUAGAAAACGUCCAGUUUCUGUUGUUCUGAUUUAACGUGACGGCAGCAUAAAUCACAUUUUGAAAUACUUCAAAAAGGAAAAAGUGCGUAAAAAAAAAAAGCGGCUUCACUCACAGAAGCCCGAAGCUGGACGACGGCGGACCAGACAGCAUUUAGCAUUUAGCACCGACUCAAAAAAAAACCAAAUGAGAAACAUGUGAACACACGUGUGUCUGCAGUUGCUCCAUCGUUGAAUGUCUUGUGUAAACUGUAAAGGCGUUUGAAACAUGAAGCUUUUAUUUCACUACUACUAAAAAAAAAAAAAAAAAAAAGGUGCUUAAAAGUCGAUAACGGUAGAUAACAAACGACGAAAUGCAUUUACAGGUUUGCCUCUUUGUUUGUUUUUUGCAAUUUUUUUUUUUUUUUUUUUUGUAAACUGACUUUUCGUAUAAAACAGAUUAUUUAAACCAGUUGUGAGAUCAAAUGCUGUAUGAAAGAUAAAAAGUAUAAAAUGACAAUCAUUUUCCAAGACGCUUUAAAAAAAAGAAGAAAAAAAAAAGAAAAAAUAAUGGUUGUGUGUGUAUAUAACUGUGUUUUUUUUAACAGCGUUGUUGCAAGCACUACUUUAAAAUCACUGCCCUAUAAACUCUUUCUCCAGCACUGAAAGUAGUCUUGUAGAACAAAAAAAACAAAAAAAAGAAGCAUUUUAUGACUCCAUGUUGUAUGAAUAUUGUUCUCGAGAGUCGUGUGUUUUAUCUUUAUGUCAUAUUUGAAGACAGUUUGUCACUUUAGCUCAAAACAAUAUGGUGCCAUACAGGUAAGCCAGGUCUUACCAUCAUUCAGUAAAGAGAUACAGUAUAUUUCAAAACACUUUACAUAAAAGAACAUUUUUUUUUCCAUCUUUUAGUAUCUUUAAAACCCACUCUGUCCACCAGAUAACCUUUAAAAGUGACUGUUAAUUGUUUUAUAUUUGUGUUAUCAGCCGUUGACAAUCUGAACCAAACUCUCCAUAAGCUGUCUUGUUGUGGUUCUUUUUUUUUUUUUUUUUUUUUUAAAGGCACACAGACUUUAUUUUGCUACUUUUAUCACUAAAAGGUUGUAGUUGUAUGUAAACUAAAUUUUUUAAAAUGCAGUUUGUCUUUGAGCCGUGUGUUGAAAUGUGCUCUUGGAUCCUGGAAAUAAAGGAUUUUGUGCAAUCACA